AAGAAAUAAUAGUCUAAAAACUGCAGAAUUUACUCAUCACCUGCUGUUAGAAUCUAGUCACUGUGUGAUUUAGUCGAAGAAGAAGACGAACAUCAUGUUUAAAAAGAAGCCAACCGUCCAAGAACAACUGCGUGAGAAUGACAGAACAAUGAGAAAAACCCAGAGAGACCUCACGAGGGACCGAGACAAGCUAGAGAGGGAGGAAAAGAAAAUCGAAAUGGAAAUAAAGAAGGCAGCUAAACAAGGCAAUAAACAGGCAGCCACAGUCUUAGCUAAACAGUUAAUUGCAAUAAGGAAACAAAAAACAAAGAGUUACUCUGUAGGCUCCAAAAUAUCCUCCAUAGGGAACCAGCAAAAGUUAAUGCACUCUAACAUGAAGAUGGCUGGUGCCAUGGCAACAACAACAAAGACAAUGCAACAGAUGAACAAAGUCAUGGAUCCUCAGAAGACAGCGAAGAUGAUGCAGGACUUUGAGCGAGAAAACAUGAAAAUGGGAAUGUCUGAGGAAAUGAUUAACGAUACGUUAGACGACAUUCUGGGAGAAUCAGGUGACGAGGAGGAAUCUGACGCCGUCGUCAACCAGGUCUUGGACGAGAUCGGAAUCGAGAUCACUGGAAAGAUGGUGAGUGCUCCUGCUGCUCCUAGUCGAGGCCUCGGGGAAACUUCGAAGUCUCGGGUGACAGAUGAUGAUAUAGAAAAACAAUUAGCAGCUCUUAAAGAUCUAUAGUGAAAGAUAAGAAAGAUGUUUGGCGUUAUUCUGUGUCCAGAAUGGAUUCUAGAUAAAUGUGACAUACAAAAUUGUAUACAACCUUAUAAUUGUAUGAAUUGGUGUAUUCAGUUUAUGCCAUUCUUUUGAAUGGGUUUGGGAUGUAUGCUUGAGUGAUUUGAAUAAUAUUACCUCUGACUUCUAUAAGCAAACUGUAAACAUAGCUACAUGAAUAUUGAUGAGUUUAUUUUCAAGGUACCUAUCCUUAUUCACGUUAUUUUGUGAGUGGGAACUUUAACUGUGUAGUAGAAUUCAGUAUUUUCUGUUAUCAGUGAUGAGAAAUUUGAUGUGCAGAUACAAUGAUGAUUAUUACGUUUAAUUAUUCAUUAAUUUUGCCAGUCUUUCCAGAUGUCAGCCUUUCCAAGUUUCAAUGUUUGCUAUUUUUUUUUUUUUUGAAUUCUGUCUUGUUUAAUGUGGAAAGAACUUGUUUUAAAACGAAAAGUUCUGACACAUUUGUUCUGAUGUGUUAUUUUUGUAUGUAUAGUAUAAAGUUUUAUAUGUAUCAUAUCACUUUAAUACAGUAAUGUAAUAUAAUCUGAUUCUAUGAAUUAAAGAGGGUGGUGUUAUACUUGUCUGACAGUAAGGUUGACAAAUAAUUGGGAAAUUUAAAGUGCAUUACUUUGCUGUAUCUUUUUUAAUGGAAUAUUGUUAAAUACGUGUAAAUCUGU